AUGAAUCUCCGAGAUAUGGUUAUUCCUCACAAGAAUGCAGCAAAUAAAGGAGUAAUUCAUCAUGAACUAAUUGAGAAAGGAAUGAAAACUAAAGACUUUCACAAAUUCCUUAACAAUAUUAACCUUCCUAAUAACGAGAAAUAUUAUCUCUUGAUGGAUAAUCUCUCAGUUCACAAAGCAAAACAAUCAUGUAUCGACUUAAAACUUACUACUAUCGAAGAACUAAUAGAAAGUAAAAACAUCGAACCAAUUUAUUUACCUCCUUAUACACCCGAACUAAAUCCGACUGAACUGUGUUUUAAUUUUAUUCGUCAGCAAGUUGAAAAGAAUAAACCAAGAACUUAUGAAGAGUUGAAGUCUGUUAUUGAUAAAAUUAUAGAUAUACUCAAUCAAAAGGAUAUGACUCA